GUGCAGAUAUUACUCAUGGUGGGGUUUCUGUCAGCAAGCCAAAGCGCUUAAAUGGGCGACAUCGGACAGCUACAUCUGUAAUCGUCAUUUUAUCAGAAUGACUGUUAAUUUGUUAAUACAAGGCUGACAGUAAACACAGUAAUAGCAGAUAGAGACAGUUUCUAUUCUGUCCAGCAGUGUUUUGCUGUAGUGAAGAUGGCGCAAGCACUGUCAGAAGAGGAGUUCCACCGUAUGCAGGCUCAGCUCUUGGAGCUGAGAACCCAGAACUACCAACUAUCUGAUGAGCUGCGGAAAAAUACAGCGGAGCUCAACAGUGUCCGUCAGAAGACCUCGAACCUAGAAAAAGACUAUGUCAAAGCACAGAAGGCUUUGAACAAGAGCAAGAAAGCACAGGAGGUAGAUGCCUUACUCAGUGAGAAUAAAAUGCUUCAGGGCAAGUUACAUAGUCAGGAAGAUGACUUCAGACUACAGAACAGCACCCUCAUGCAAGAGCUGUCCAAGUUAUGUUCCCAGAUUGAGCAGUUAGAAUUAGAGAAUCGGAGACUGAGGGAGGGUCAGGGGUUGGAAGGACCCAUCUCCAACCCCACCUCUGGUCCAGAGAAUGCUGAGGUCCUGCGUCUACAGGCUGAAAACUCUGCCCUGCAGAAGAAAUUGAAAGCUUUUCAAGAUUGUGCAGAUGUCAAUGAUGGAAAAGCAGCGCUCAUUGAUGGAUUGGCCGGCACUAAUGGUGUCCAGUCAGAUGCCAGCGGUCACAGUGAUGAACUUUCUGCCCUGGGAAAUGAUCAGGUUGAUCAGGCCGAAGUGCAAAGUGUCAAACCGGAACAGCGAGAUAAUGAACUGUGUGAGGUGGCAUUAAAGCUUCAAAUGGAAAUGGAGGAGAAAUGCUUACUGAGGGAACAACUCCAGACACUAGAGAUGUCCAAGCAGGCAGAAAUCACAAAACUACAAGAAGAAAAUGCUAAAUUGUCCGAUAAGUUGAAGAAAAAACAAGACAGCUUCCAGAGGCUACAAGUUGAGAAGGAGGCACUUUACAAUGACAGCAGGACUAAAAUUGAUGAGAUCCAACAGAGGAAAGAGGAGGAGCUCAAAUCCAUAAACCUUCGUGUGCAGAAAUUGCAGACAGAUUUAAUGACCGCCAACCAGAACGUUGCUGAACUAAAGGAGCAGCUGCAGAGCAAACAGAAAGAGCAUGAGCUGGCCAUCCAUGCGCUCAAAGAUCAGGUAGCGUGUCAGAGCGCGGUCAGUCAGGAGCAGGUGGAGGGCAUGCUGAGUGAGAACGAUGCUCUCAGGACAAAUCUAGCAGCCCUAGAACAGAUCCAAACAGUGAAGACUCAGGAACUGAAUUUGCUGAGAGAGCAAAAUCUGGCACUAAAUGCAGAACUUCAGCAGAGACGCACAGAGCAAGAGAGCUUCAUGGCGCAGAGAGAUGAUCUGAACUCCCAGCUACAGGAGUCAAACCGAGCGAAUAGUCGUCUACUGGAGCAGCUCACUGAACUGGGUCUGGAGAAGGACAAGCUGCAGCAAGAGUUAGAGGAGGCCAGAAAGACCGCAGAUAAGCGUAAGGUCAUGCUGGAUGAACUGGCCAUUGAGACGGCGCAGGAGAAGUCUCGGCACAAAGAGGAGCUCAGCGAUGUGCGCUUGCAGCAUGAGAAGGAAGUUCUGAGCAUCAGGGCCCGCUAUGAGAAGGAGCUCCGCGGCCUCCACGAGGAGAAGAACCGCACAGAAGAGGAGAUCCGCUCACAGCUACGAGAUGAGAGAGCUCGUACCAAAGAGCUGGAAGGCCUUCAGCCAUAUGUGGAGGAGUUGAAAGCUCAGGUUCAGUCCAUGGAGGGGACAAAGGGCUGGUUUGAGCGCAGACUCAAGGAAGCAGAGGAGACCAUGGAAAAGAACAAACUGGACCAUGCGGAAGAGAUCCAGCGGUUACAGAAAGAUCACUCACUUCAGCUGGAGAGUAAAGCUGCAGAGGUGGAGGCAGUCAGACAGCAAGUGACGGAGAUGCAGAAAGAGAGAGAAGAACUCAACAACACCAUCAGCAAACUCAAACAGGAAAUUAAAGAUACGGUGGAUGGACAGAGAAUCCUGGAGAAAAAAGGUAGUUCAGCGCUGAAAGACUUGAAGAGGCAGCUCCAUCUGGAGAGAAAAAGGGCCGAUAAACUCCAGGAGCGGCUGCAGGAAAUCCUAACCAACACUAAGACCCGCACAGACUCUCUGACUGUGAGUGCAGGUCUGGAGGAGCUGGUGUUGUCUGAGAUCAGUUCACCGAGCCGUACGCAGCAGACGGGCGACAGCAGUAGCAUCUCCUCCUUCAGCUACAGAGAGAUCAUGAAAGACGGGGCUUCGGCUCCCAGCACCAGUAAGUCCAACACCAGCAGCCCUCAGUCCCAGCGUCCUGCUGACCUUUCGGACGACGAGGUCAGUGAGCUCUUCCAGAGACUCGCCGAGGUCCAGCAGGAGAAGUGGAUGCUGGAGGAGAAGGUGAAACACUUGGAGGUCAGCUGCGCCUCAAUGGCUGAUGACAUCUGUAAAAAGAGUGCCAUUAUUGAGACGUACGUCAUGGACAGCCGAAGAGAUGUAUCCGGAGGAGGUGCGGUGGCCCAUGGUGCUCAGGGUGAACGUGGAGGUUUGAGUUCUGUGCUGAGGGACUUGGUAAAACCUGGAGACGAGAACCUGCGCGAGAUGAACAAAAAGCUGCAGAACAUGCUGGAAGAGCAACUGACAAAGAACAUGCACCUACAGAAGGAUCUAGAAGUUUUGUCUCAGGAGAUCGUGCGUUUGAGUAAAGACGGCACCCCUGCUGAAAACUCCAAAGCCACAGGGUAAAACUGGACGCCGUCCGUCCACCCGAUGAUUCAGUACCCUUCUCUUUCUCUUUCUCUCAUCUCUUCACGGCUACCAGGAGGAAACUACAUCCAUCUCGUACAAAGACCUCCAGCAAUCUCAGAUGUACCAGGAGCACAGAAGGUCGAAACAGAUCAAGUCCAUCUGUGAUUUACAUACUACUGAAUGUAAUGUAACACUUUAUAUGUUUGUUUGUCUGUGACGGGAAAGUAGGGUCCGUCGAGCAAACCCUGGCUGCUUGACAUCCGUGAACCGAGUGCUUGGGACAGUGGCAUGGCCUCGUGGUCCAAACGGGACCAUUUCUACCUACCACUAAUUCCCCCGUUCAGGAAAGCGUGUGUCUAACGUUGGCGUCCUCAAACUGCUAUCACUGUUGUAUUGCCUGUUUUGUAUAUUUGAUUCGCUAAAGACACUUGAUGUGUGGCGUAGAAUGGGGUGUAUUUAUUCGUGCCAGAAAAUCCAAAUAUAAUAUCUACAUCUCUAUGCUGCUCGUGAAAGAAAAUAACUAAAAUUUUAAGCUCUGCAGUUCAUUAUAUAAAAAAUUCAGGAUGUUUUUUUCCGGGAAGAGCGUGCAUUUAAUUGCUGCGAUAAUUAUCGGAGCAUUUCUUGUGGGGCUCGCAAAAUGUUCCCGUGAAGGAAAGCGGCUCCCUGGACUCCCCUCGUUAAGCAGCAAUCUCUCCGCAGCUUAACGACUCAAUUUGACACCUCUCUGUCUGUCUGAGAACUGACGGCGCUGUUGGGGAACGGACCAGUUUCUCACAGUGCGCACUUGACUCCAAUGAGAGGCUAGCCGCCUGUUUUAGUGUCUAACCCCAGUUUGUUUCGUGCACGUCGAAGCCCUGUCGUUUUGUGAAUGAUUACGCUUUUAUGCAUUCAGCUUUUGUGAACUUUUUAAAUUCUGAUGCACACAGAAAUGUUUUAUUCGGAGAGCAUAAAGUUAAUUUAAUCGUUGGGUCAUGUGAGACACUUCAUGUUUUUUUGGGGGUUUUUUUUGUGCAAUUGCUUGCAUUGAUGUCAAGCACCAUCUAUUGUGUCUUGAGUUUUCCAGUCGUUUAACCAACGAACUAUAGCUUAAUCAGAGAAGACACCAUAUUUCUUUUACGCAAAUGAAAAUGGGCGGAAUAUCAGUCUUAUUUCCAUUCACGUCAAAUUUAAAAUGGCAUAUACAGUUGAAAACGUAAGUUUACAUACACCUUGCAAAUUCUGCAAAAUGUUAAUUAUUUGACCAAAAUAAGAGGGAUCAUGCAAAAUGCAUAUAAUUUUUUAUUUAGUACUGACCUGAAUAAGAUGUUUCACAUAAAAGAUGAAAUAAAAAGAGAAAAUAAUAGUUGAAAUUAUAAAAAUAACCCCAUUGUUACCUGUUUGAUCCACAGCGGUGUAGUUGUUCACGAGUUCCUUGUUUGUCCUGAACAGUUAAACUGCCUGUUGUUCUUCAGUAAAAUCCUUCAGGUCCCACAGAUCCUUUGGUUGAGGGACUCAUAUGCAACUGAUGCUUCAGAAGGAAGCACAAUGAAUUAAGAGCUGGGGGGUGAAAACUUUUGGAAUUUAAAGAUAAAGGUAAAUUAAACUUAUUUUGUCUUCUGGGAAACAUUUUCUGUAGCUUCCGAAGGGCAGUACUGAAUGAAGAAAAAAUGAUAUUCAGGCAAAAUAAGAAAAAUGGACACAUCUUCAUUCUGUUCAAAAGUUUUCACCCCCCGGCUCUUAAUGCUGCAUUUUCAGUGAGCGUUUGAACCUUCUGUAAUAGUUGCAUAUGAGUCCCUGAGUUGUCCUCAGUGCGAAAAGAUGGAUCUCAAAAUCAUACAGUGAUUGUUGGAAAGGCUUCAAAUACACAAAAAUGCUGAAAAACCAAAGAAUUUGUUAGACCCGAAGGGUUUUUCUCAAUAACAGCGGGCAGUUUAACUAUCCAGGACAAACAAGGGACUCAUAGCAGCUGUGGAUCAUUAAGAAUCAAGUGUAUGUAAACUUUUAAACGGGGUAAUUUUAUAAAUUCAGCUAUUAUUGUCUCUUGUGGACUAUAUGUGAAGGCCUUUUACUGUAUGUAAAUAUCUUAUUCAGGUCACUACUAAAUAAAAAAUAACAUGCAUUUUGUAUGAUCCCUCCAAUUUUGGUCAAAUAAUUAACAUUUUGCAGAUUCUCCAAGGUGUAUGUAAACUUUUGACUCCAACUGUUCUCUAUUGAUCACUUUAGAGGCAAUGAAUAUUGACCAGUCUGUUUAGUUCCUACUGAUUGCACAACAUGUUUUAGGCCACCUUAUUCGUCAACGGUUCUGUAGAGAUAUAUUGGCAAAAUUACAUUUUAUGAUUUGUGAUAUGUGAACGAUUAGCAUACUAUUUCAGAUCUUUGCAAUGCUUUAAGCUUUAUUACGACAACGGUUCGUUUCCAUUUCAAUGAGCGUGGCGUUCGUACAUGGUGCGUUAAAUGCCUGUCAAAUCCCUGUCUCUGGCUUCUUAAGGGAAUCCUGACUGAAUGCUUUUCCAUAUUCCUUCUGUUUCUUCCAUACCGACGUAGGAAAACAAUCUUUUAUUUCCACAAAUGAGGAAAGUGACAUCGAUUCACUUGGAUGAUUUCACUCAAAAGGAAUGAAGGAUGUCUGCCUUUGAAGCUCAGAAUUGUAUCUUUUUUUGCCUUUUUCUCUACCUAUCUAUUAUCUGCCAAACGAGCUCUUCUUUAAUUAAGAUCAUCUUUUAAUCAUCACUAACUACAUGUAAGCAGAUUCUAUUAUUAAUAUCCGAUCUCCCACUACAUCUCGACAGCUAAUAUUUAUUUAUGUGCAUUUCAUUGUCAUGUUCAGACUUCCAUAACUUGCAGUGAUAAUAAAGGAAUGGCUGGAAAAACAA